AUGAAACAAUCCAUCAUUCAUCCGGCUCUGGUAGCCUCUGCUCUUUUUAUCUCUUCCUGUGCUUCUUUGAAGCUCUCCGCUACCGAUGGAGAGUCUGUUCGCAAUGCCGCUGCCACAGUCGCGUAUGGCCUCAUGAGCCACUACACCAACAACCAAUCGACCACCCCUGCUGCUGACGUUGGCUCCUUUGUUUCCCCCGAGGGUGUUGACAAGCUGUAUUGGUGGAACAGUGGUGCCAUCUGGGGCGGAAUGGUCGACUAUGCCAUGUACUCCGGCGACAAUAGCUAUGUUGAAGCGACCAAGCACGCCCUUGCUGCCAACGUGGGUGAGAAGGCUGACCUAAUCAUUGAGUCUAAGCGGGGAGAAGAGGGCACUGACGAUCAAGCAUUCUGGGCUCUAUCGAUGAUGUCCGCCGCUGAGUCCGGCUUCCCUGCUGCAGAUGGUGCACCUGCAUACAUUGAUGUCGCUGAAGGUGCUUUCAAGAGCAUCACCUCCCGCUGGGACACUACGAGCUGCAACGGUGGAUUAUUCUGGCAGAUCUAUGCUGACAAUGCCAACGGUCUCAAGUACAAGAACAGCGUAGCCAACGGAGGUUUGUUUCAGCUUGCCGCCCGUCUAGCUCUUCAUAAGAAGGACGACAGCUUCGCCAACUGGGCUGAGAAGGUAUGGGAUUGGACCACUAAGAUUGGCUUCAUCGACUCGAACUAUGCGGUUUAUGAUGGUGCCGGGACCGAGAACGGAGCCAACUGCGCCAAAAUCGACCACAACAGAUGGACAUACAACCACGGUCUCUUCACGUACGGCGCAGCGGCCAUGUAUGCUCACACGGGCAACAAGGUUUGGCUGGAACGAACUCAAGCACUUGUCAAGGCAGCCGAUUACUUCUUCAACCACCACUCUGAAGCGCCUGGUGUUCUUGCCGAGGUCGUCUGCGAGCAGAAGACCUGCAACAUGGACCAACAGUCGUUCAAAGCGUAUCUCUCUCGCUGGCUGGGCAAGACCGCUAAACUUGUCCCUGAGACUGCAUCUACAAUCACCCCAUGGCUCAAAUCUUCUGCUGAGGCCGCAGCUCAAUCAUGCUCUGGUGAUAAGAACCAGUGUGGUACAAAAUGGUAUACCGGCGGUUUCGAUGGUCUCCCGGGCAUCAACCAGCAGCUUUGUGCAUUGGAAACCAUUCAAUCACUGAUGCUAUCUAUCGAAUCCAAGGGCGACCAUGACCAAGGCUCGGAUGCCAAGUCCUCGAUUGUGCCCACCCCAUCGCCCACACCAUCACCAAGCCCGGCAGUUCCUGAGCCAUCGAUCGUCGCGUCGUCAUCCCACAUUGAAGAACCAGUUCAGUUUGCCCCUACUGCAGUGGACAGCAUCGCCCCAACCCCAGCUGCACCCACUCCAUAUGCGUCACCAGCGGUCCCCGCUCCUUCAGAGGCUUCUGACUCGGUCUGCGAGGAGCCUGUUGUCGUCACCGUUACUGAGACUGGAACAGUGACUAUGACUGUAGAGCCGACUGCGGAAGUACUCCCUACGUCCGUUUGCGAAACUCCUGUUGUCGUCACGGUUACUGUCACUUCCAGUUCAUUUGCGGGCGUGGAGCCAACUUCAAUCAUCAAGCCGACGACCGCUGUUGUAUCGUCUCAUGUUUCGGCACCGGCGGCGCCAAGUAGUCCCCCUGUUCCAACUGCAGUCGUCCCUCCUGUUCCAGCAAUGCCCACCUCAGGAUUCGUCGUGCCCACAGGCCAUGCGACACCUUCACCAUUACCAUUUGACGGUGCCGCGUCGAAACGAUCAGCUGCCAGUGCCGUUUUCACGGUCGCGGUCGCUGCUUUGAUGCUCUUCUUGUAA